UUCAUUGGAAAUCAUGGCAGCUGCGGGUGCUGCCCAAGAGCUCUGUGAAGAACUGACUUGCUCCGUCUGCCUGGAUUAUUUCACAGAUCCGGUGACCAUCGCCGAGUGCGGGCACAAUUUCUGCCAAGCCUGCCUGACUUUGAGCUGGGGGGAGUCGGGGGCAGAGGCUUUCUGCCCCCAAUGCAGAGGAAUCGUUCAGCAAAGGAAUCCCAAGCCAAAUCGGCAGCUGGCAAACGUCGUAGAAAUUGUCAAGAAACUCCGUCUUCAGGAGAGAAGGGUGGAGGCAAAGGCGGUGGAAGGAAAAGGGAGAACCUGCGAGAAACACGAGGAGCCCCUGAAGCUCUUCUGCAAAGAUGACCAAGGCCUCAUCUGCGUGGUCUGUGACCGAUCCAAAGAGCACAGAAAUCAUGAUGUAACCCCUGUGGAAGAGGCUCGCCAAGAGUAUAAGGAUAAAUUUUGUGACCUCCUUGAGGUGCUGAGGCAGGAGAGAACUGACAUUUUAGCACAUAAAGUAAAUUUAGAGGAGGAAAGCCUAGCCUUGCUGGAGCAAACAAAAUCUGAGAGGCAAAAGGCAAUGGCUGAGCUCAGAAAACUUAAUGAGUUUCUAGAAGAACAAGAGAAACUUCUGCUGGCCCAGAUGGAAGAGGUGGACAAAGAGAUUGCAAGAGAAAGGGACGAGCACCUGGCCAGACUCAGCAAGGAACUCUCUUCUCUUGAAAAUCUCAUUCAGGAGAUGGAGGAGAAGAUUCAGCUGCCAGCCAGUGAACUCCUGCAGGAUGUCAAAAGCACCUUGCAGAGGUAUGAGGAGAAAGAAGAGUUUGAGAGUCCAGUCACUUUCAGUUCAGAGCUGACUAGGAGGAUCCAGAGCUUCACUAACAUAAACUGCUCUCUGGAGAAUGACCUGGAACAAUUAAAAGACGCCCUGGCACAUCACCUUCAGCUGCAGAAAGUGGAUGUGAUUCUGGAUCCAAGCACAGCAAAUCCCUACCUCAUCCUGUCUGAGGAUCUGAAAAGCGUGAGACGGGGAAGCAAAGCUCAAGAGCUGCCCAAGAAUCCUGAGAGAUUUAACCUAUCUUCAGUAGUGCUGGGAUGUGAGGGAUUCGUCAGAGGCUGCCAUUUCUGGGAAUUCAGUGUGGGAAGUGAGGAUGGAUGGUCUGUGGGGGUUGCUAGGACGUCUGUGAGGAGGAAGGGCCUGAUCUCCUUUAGACCUGAGGAAGGGGUCUGGGCUGUGGGGAGGUAUGGAGAAAGCUACUUUGGGCUCACUAACUCUCCUUGCACUCCCCUGUCUCUGAGUGCGGAGCUCAAGAGGAUCCGUGUGUGUCUGAACUACGAUGAGGGACGAGUGGCCUUUUUUGAUGGUGACAGGAACACCCUUCUCUACGAGUUCUCAGGUGCUUCCUUCCAUGGAGAGACCCUUUUGCCCUUCUUUCGGGUGUUCAACAAUGGCUACAUCAGUCUCUCCCUUUAAGGUAGCCAUCUCUCUCUCACAGGCCCUGCUGCUGUGGCUUGUGACACCAGGCAAAUUAAUCCAUUCUUUAUCACGAGAGGCCCUUUUCUAGUUCUCUAAAGGCCUCCACAGACUCCCACAUAGCUGGACUAACUCAAAUUGUGUCUGCUUUUCCUUCUCCAUUUGUCAGAGUUCCAUCUUCCCUCUGGAAAGUAACAACUUACGUAUCAUAAUCUAGUCUAAGAGGCAGUAACAUCCAGUGUGGUGUAAUUGUUAGGAUGUCACACGGGAAUCUGGAACGCUCAGGAUCAAAUUUCCACUCUGCCAUGGAGGCUCAUAGAGUGACCUUGGGCCAGUCAGACUCCAAACCUAACCUACUUCGGAGGGUUGUUGUGGGGAUAAAAUGAAGGUCAGCAGAACAAAGUUUACUUCCUUUAGUUCCUUCAAGGAAGGGUGGGAUAAAAAUGUACUAAAUAAAGAAAAAUAGAGAAGUUCCAAGUUCUUUGACCACCCUUCAUGCUGUUUCCAGGUCUCCCCAGAUCCUUCACUGGGUAUGGAGAUGCACUAAGGUUCCAUCCACACCAGUGGUGCUCACCCUGCAGCUCAGGGAGAACCAAUUACCAUCGACCAAAAGUGUCAUGUGACCACCUGCGCCUCACCAACCAAACACACACAUACACACAGUCAGAUAUGCAUGCCACCAUAUCUGCCAUGAUGGUAUUUUGUAUGGGAUGCUGAUCCUCUGAGAAUACGCUAAGUGUAUGUUGCCUUUUGUACUGAUGAUAUAUGAUUCUAUGUUAUGCCUUCUGCAGCUAAGCUUGUAGCUGUUACACUUAUCUGGCAGGUGGCUGCUUUCACUUCUGGAGCAGACUGGAGAACGUCCUUGAAAGCCAGGCAAAGCCUGGGAGCUAAAAAUGACUUCAUUCUCUCUUUCUCAGGCUCCUCCUCACCCUUCCCUCCCUGGCUCCUUCAUGCCAGAAUCCUAACCAUCCCUAUCCUAAAAGGCGGGAACUUUUCCUAUAACUAACCUGACCCUUCAUUCCCACAUCACUUCUGCCAAUACUGUAGUCAAGUUUGCACUGAACUGAUAGAUUCUGAAUAAAGCAACUUUAACUCAG